AUGGACUACGUGAUGCCCUUUUCAAUAAAAAGAAAGAGGGAUUUACUCAUCAAAAAGAAAAAAAGAAAGACGGAUGAUGUGAUGCCUCUUAAUCGCUGUAGUAAGCGUCAGAAGAAUCUUUUCAAGUGUGGGAUUGACAACUUGCCUGAUGAGUUGCUUAUUGCCAUUCUUUCCUGUCUUACCUUCCAAGAGGCAGCAAGGACCUGUAUUCUCUCGCAGCGAUGGAGAUACUUAUGGAAGUAUACAACUUGCAGUAUUCAGUUUUAUAGUGAAGGCACAUUGGAGUUUGAGGCAGCAGAAAAGUUUAUAAAUUCGGUGAAUGGAGGCUUAAAAUUGCAUCAGGUGAAUCUAUUGAGCAGUUCAAAGUUGGUUUUGUCUAUCCAAGUCAAAGUAUUUGAACUAAACAUGGCGGCGGGUCCUCUUGACAGCACUGGACUUUGGAGGAAUUAUAGCAUUCCUCAUGUGCAAAAGCUGUUGUCGAUUUCUGGCGAGGUUAAGUUGCUGAAAACAUUGACUACUCUCAAAUCUUUCCGAUUUGUUAACAUCCGAAUAACACAAGAAGUUGUUGAAUUUCUUUUGUCACGCUGCCCUGUGUUGGAGCAAGUGUGUAUUUCAGCCUCAAAGUCUCUGAAGCGUUUGAAAGUUGCUGGUUCCUUACCUAAGUUAAGGUCCAUGGAAAUAUCAAAUUGUGAUUCUUUGAAGACUAUGAAGCUAACUAUCGGAGGUGAUUAUGCUGGCUCUUUUAUUUUUGAUGCUCACAAGCACUCAAGCUAUUGUCGAAAUCUGAAGAAGCUUAAACUGAAAGUGUCACAAAAGGUUGUAGUAGACAUCUCCCCUAUCGGGGAGAUUCCCAGUGAACAUCCUCAACUCUACAAUCUGAAAGAGUUGGAAUUGGACAUCACUUUAGGAGAGGAUGAUGGCCUUUGCUUCUUCACAUUCUUGACUAAGUGUUCUCCUCAGUUGUCAAGGUUAACCUUCAAGAUGAUCAUUUACACAGGACACCCUCAGUGUGCAUUCCUAAUGAACAAGAAGGCAAUCAGAGAGUGUGUUGAGCAGCUUAAAGCAAAUUUACCUCCCGGAGCUGAAUUGUCGACACAUGGUCCUGAGAGAGCUGCUCAAAGGUUUUCAAAUGUAGUUGAUGUGAAUCUUCUUGGAUAUACGAGCCCUGUGGGAUUUGCUUCGAUGGUUGCAGUGACCGUUGAUGCAUUUGAGUGUUAUAGCUAUCCAGAAGCUAUUUCGACGGCAAAAAGGUUGACAUACUUUGGAGGGAUUUCUUAUGGCAAGGAAGAAGAACACAGAACCUUCAACUUGGUAAGAUGGGAAACAGUCACCACAGAUAAGGAGGCAGGUGGACUUGGAGUGAAGAACUUUAAGAUACAGAGGAACAACUUACUGCGGAAGUGA